AUGCCGCGCAACUACGACUACGAGAAUGCGACGUUAAAGGACUUGCCCAAACACUGGGAUGCCGCAACGAACAGAGUAGUCUCAUGGCUGCCCGCUUUGUCCCUCCCAUAUCCCCUGGAGAACCUUCUCGGCAGAUACACACUCGUCGCCGCCCGGAACCAGCCCAAAUCUCUCUGUGAAAACAGUACCGGCUCCCUCGGGAGCCUCACCCUCGACCUAUACGCCGGCGACCGUCUCUCCUGGGAGAAUAUCUCCGGCUCCUUCUCCCUUGCCAACUCAGCACUUGCAGCGAGCGGCCGCUUUCUCGGCCUCCGCACCCCCGAAGUCAGCCCCUUCGAUCGAGCCUCCUUCAGUGCCACGGGCAUAGCCCGCCCCACUCUCCGCUCCUUUGAGCUCACCACCUCAUGA